AUGUCAGUGGUUCAGUUUGAGAACACACCGGUAAGAAGAGACCCCCAGAGGUCUGGGCAAAGGGAGACUGAGGCAGUUGUGGCCUGGUCUGCUCCCCAGGCCAAAAAGCAGGUUACGUCAGUCGUGGGUGCAGCUGGCUACGGUAAGACGUCUGGAUGAGACGAUCAUGGCUCAGCUGGACCUGUGACCUAGCAGACAGGAAACUGGAGGAACUGGUGUCCUGGAUGCUAGCAGGUAAUGAGGACUGUCCAUCUUGGAUGAAGGUACCUGUGGACACAACUGGGAGGCGAGGUCCAGAAUUCGCCUGUCCAGUUCCGGUGCACACAGGCGCUACUACCUUCAGGCCAGAUGUAGUCCUAAGCCUGAGGAAGAAGAUAGGAGAGGGAAAUCUCCUUCUCUAC